AUGGGCGGGGACAAGACGACGCGCGUGGCGAUCCUCCUCAAGGGCUGCCGCAACCUGCUGCCAAUCGACGGCCUCAGCAGCAACAACAACGUCUUCUGCGAGGCCUUCCUCAUCGAGAAGGAUGGGCGCAGCCGCAUGAAGCACAAGACCAAGGCCAUCCGCGCGACCUUGAACCCGAUGUGGCACCUGCGCAUCGACUUUGGCGUCGUCGCGCUCGAGAGCAUCGGCGGCCUCAUCCUCUCGGUCAAGCACUCGGGCAAGUUUGGCAUGAAGAUCCUCGAGCUUGGUGAAGUCGUCUUGUCGCCAGACGACCUCCUCGACAUGAAGCUCCGCCCAGCAGACAACGAAUGGUACGAGCUCGAGCCAACGUCUGAGAUGGAGAAGCGCGGGUGGGGCAACCGCCCGCUCGGUGCCAUCCGCGUGGCCUCCGACACGCCUGGUGAGUUUGUUACGCCGCAGCUCGAGCCAUCGCAGCGCGUGCCAUCGUCCGCGUCGGCGGUCCUCGCAGGGUCGCGCACGUUUGUCGCAGAUGGCAACGAGCGAGUGCCGGCCAACGAGCAUGUCGUUUGA